AAUAGCGAAUGCUCCGGGGCAGGGCUCGACCGCUUGUUUCAGUUUGUACCUGGUUAGGGCAGGCUCCUCGAGCAGCGAAACUAGGCGUCGCCCUUUCUCCGGCGCCGGCGGUAGAGGCGCUCGUUGCUCUCCGGCGAUUCGUCGGUGUUCUCGGCGUCUUGUUCGUGGGACCGUAGGCUCAUUUCUUCUCCCCCCUUCUUUCUUAUCAUAUUACAUUCGCCUCAGAGUCCUCAGUCGUCAUUUGAGAUUGCGCUCCGCCGAGGAGGUGACAGGUGGAAGUGAGAGUUAGUUGGGACAUAAUUUCUCCAUAUGGAAAGUACCUCAAGUGAGGAUGAUGAAUCACUUAAGGAUAACAAUGUGGAUCUCAAUGAUGAUAACAUUGAACAACAUAUGUCAUUUGAUGUCAGCAGUCAGUUGACUGAUGCAGAUAAUCUCUUUUCCUCUCAUCAGCAUAACUCAGAGAAUAUUGAACCUUUCGUAGGUAUGGAAUUUGAAUCAGAAGAGUCUGCAAAAUUGUUUUAUAUGGCAUAUGCUAGUCGUGUGGGUUUCUCUGUACGUAUCAGCAAGUCUCGACGAUCAAGAAAUGAUGAGUCCAUCAUCAUGCGGCGCUUUGUGUGCUCUAAAGAGGGUUUCCAUUUGAAAAAAGGGAAAUUUGAUGAUGGAAAGAAGAAGAGAAAGCGUGCAACGAUUCGAGAAGGUUGCAAUGCUAUGAUUGAAGUAAUUCAAAAAUACUAUGGAAGAUGGGUAGUUACGAAACUUGUGAAGGAGCACAAUCAUGUAGUGGCAGCACCUAGUAGAGUUCUCUAUGUGGCACCAGAAUCCUAUGGUAAUGCAGACCCAUACCUGGGCAUGGACUUCCCAUCUCAUGAAGCUGCCCAAACAUUCUAUUAUGCCUAUGCUAGCCGCAUUGGAUUUGAUGUCCGCAUAAGACUAUCCCGUCGUUCAACAAGGGAUGAGUCCUUUGUUAUGCGGCGCUUUGUGUGUACUAAAGAAGGUUUUACUCCAUAUGAAGACAAUUUUGAUGAGAGUAAGAAAAAAAGAAAUCGGACUCCUACAAGAGAAGGCUGCAAGGCCAUGUUUGAGGUGAUUAAGAAAGAUUAUGGUAAAUGGAUUGUUUCUAAACUCGUCUUGGAGCACACUCAUGAUCUAGCAGUUGCACCAAGCAAAGUGCACUAUAUUCAAUCUGAUUGUGAGGUAGUUGUUCUUGCUAAAAGUGGUACACUUAACCGUGAAAAGCCAGCAGCUCCUAGCUCGAAAACACAUCUUGGAAAAUUUGGGGAAUUCAGUGAUGUUCCUUCAAAUGGCAAUGGUUUUAGAACUGAAGUAAGAGAUACAGUACAAUCUACCUUUGAGUUGGAUGACACACAAAAUCUUUUGGAGUAUUUCAAGAGAAUGCAAGCAGAAAAUCCUACAUACUAUUAUGCAUUUCAAGUUGACAAAAAUAAUUGUCUGACUCAUGCAUUCUGGGCUGAUGCAAAAGCUAAGAUGGCAUACUACUAUUUUGGUGAUGCUGUAACAAUUGAUACAUCAUUUAUGGAGAAUAAGGACAUGGUUCCUUUUGUCACCUUCACUGGCGUGAAUCAUCAUUUGCAGUCUCUAAAUUUUGGAUUUGCUCUACUUACAGAUGAGUCAGAAGCUUCAUUUGUUUGGCUUUUUGAAAAUUGGAUCAUAGCAAUGUGUGGACGCCAUCCAGUUUCUCUGAGCACUGCCUAUCAUGAGGCUAUCGGAUCAGCAAUUUCUAGGGUGUUCCCUGGGACACGUCAAAGAAUCUGUAAACAGCAUGUCUUAGAUAAGUGUAAUGAAUGGCUGUCUGAUGUUUAUAUGACUCGAAAUACUUUCAAACAAGAAUUUGAAAAAUGUGUCAAUGUGUCUGGAACAGCUGAUAUAUUUGAGUCAUGUUGGUUGGCAUUGAUUGAGAAGUUCGACCUUGGUGAAAAUUCAUGGCUGCAACUUCUGUUCGACAUCAGACAAAAAUGGGUCCCUGCUUAUGUGAAAGAUGUAUUUACUGCAGAAGUUUCAUUUACUCAAAAACCUGAAAGCCUCGUCAAUUUUUUUGAAAAGUACUUCAAUACAAAAACAUCCUUACUGGUGCUUGCUUCUUUGCUUGAACAAGCUAUGGCAGGUUGGUAUGAAAGGGAGGCAUUAGAAGAUCUAGCUUCAUCUUAUACUAGACCAAUUCUGAGUACACCAUCAAACAUGCUGAAGCAAGUGGUGGACAUCUACACAAGAACAAUAUUUGAUGUAUUUCAGGAGGAAUUUGUGGAAUCACUUGGUUAUUUAGUUGACAAAAUAGAUGAUGGCGUUAUUUGCAAGUUUAAUGUCACUAAGAAUGAGGAUAUCAGUACCUCUUUUAUAGUGACUUAUAACUUCUCAAACAAAAGAACAAGUUGCAGCUGCUGUAAGUUUGAGACAUCUGGUAUCCUGUGUAGGCAUAUAUUGAGGGUCUUUCUAACAGUUGAUGUUCGCUCCCUUCCAGAGUGUUAUAUAUUGAAGAGGUGGACCAAAGAUGCCAAGAAUGGAUUUGUACUGGAUGAGAGCUUACGUUAUAAUGAACUUUAUCGUGAUGCUGUAAAAUAUGCAAAAGAAGGAUCAACAUCUGAAGAGGUUUAUGCAAUAGCAAAGAGUGCACUUCAGAUUGGUUUCUCUCAAGUAUUGACUGCAAAGAAGAACAUUGCAAGUCAAUGUACAAUGUGAUUAUAGCUGUUUUGAAUCAUCAAUUGGUAUUUUUUAUUGGAGCUCCAACCUUGGCAUACGUGUAUUAGUAAUCUUGUACUAUUUUCUUUGUUAGUUUUCUCACCUAUUUUUUCAUAUCCAACCUUUUCUCUCAUCAUAAACCAGUUUCUUAGCAAGUCUGUAUAACUUGAUUUCUAGAAGUAUUAAGAUAUAUUUUCAAUUCA